AGAAUAAACAAUGACGAUAGGUUCAAAAACCCAAUUUCCCCUUUCUCUCCCGGUCAUCGACUUCUCUAGUCGAGAUCUCAAACCGGCAACACCAGAGUGGGACUAAGUGAGAGCCCGAGUCCGAAAAGCCUUAGAAGAGUACGGAUGUUUCGAGGCCAUGUUCGAUGGAGCUUCCGUGGAGCUAAGGAAGGCUGUUUUCAAGGCCUCGGAGGAUGUUUUUAAUUUACCAUUGGAGACAAAACUGAGCACAAAGUCAGACAAACUAAUAUACAAAGGAUACUUGACGAUUCCGACUAUGCCUUUAUACGAAGGUAUGGGCUUUUACGGUGUAGAUAGUCCUGAGGUUGUCGAUGAAUUGACUCACAAGCUUUGGCCUCAAGGCAACAUCACCUUCAGCAAGAAUGUCCAGUCGUUUGUGGAGAAGUUGAUAGAACUAAACGUGAAGGUGAGGGCAAUGACCAUGGAGAGUUUUGGGCUCGAGAAAUACAUCGAGGAACAUCUUAACUCAGCAAAGAACCACCUUCAACUAAUUAAAUACAAAGGAGUUGACAAUGAUAACACAGAGGGGAAUCUAGGUUUUGAACCUCAUAUCGAUAGACAGUUCCUCACAAUACUUUGCCAGAACGAUGUAGUAGAUGGCUUGAAGAUUAAAACCAAAGACGGUGAAGAGUGGAUCAAAGCUAAGCCAUCUCAAGACUCUUCUUUCCUUGUUAUAGCCGGAGCUUCUCUUCAUCUACUGUUGAAUGGUGGGGUGUUUCCUCCGCUUCACCGUGUGGUUAUAACCGGAAAGAAAGAUCGGUAUGUGGCUGGACUGUUCUUGCCACCUAAAGAAGGACUGAUCAUAAAUGCGCCUGAGGAGAUAGUUGAUGAUGAACAUCCUCGUCUCUAUAAGCCUUUUGAUUUUCAGGCUUACUUGAAAUUCACCAACACAAAUACCAAGGGGAGAGAUCUAUCUAGUCUCAAGACUUACUGUGCCCUUUAAACAUUUAUGAUGCCUUGCAAAAUAAAUAAAACCAUGUCCCAUGUAAUGAUCACUCGCACUUGUUCAUUUGCUCUCUAGUUGGUUUGUUGCUACCUCUACUUUUUUUUUUCAUUAUUUGAACCUUUUGUUACCUUUACUUUGCCAUGUCUUUAUAUAUAAACAUUAGACCAAAACCAAUAUAUGUAACAUGCGAAUUCAAACCAAAUAUAUA